AUGGAGGUUUUUCCCAAAGCACGUCAAUUUAUGUUGCGUGUUUGUACAAGCACUCUCCCUGUUAGAAGGAUGCUGCAUUUCCGUCAUAUGGUGGAUGAUGACACUUGUCUGUGGUGCAAUAGAGUGGAGACAGUGGGGCAUGCUCUUUUUGACUAUGAAAGGGUGAGGGAUCUAUGGGCUGACAGUGGUUGUGAGGCCACGUGCAGGUGGGAAGAGGCGGGUUCCAUGUGUGAUUUGGUGGAAUCAUGGGGGAGUUUGAAUGCUAAGCUAUUGCAGAAAGGUGUUUUGCUUGCGUGGGGUAUUUGGCAGGAGCGCAAUCAAAAGAUUUUCGAAGGCAAAACAACCCCAAACGAUGAGCUGCUCAACCGGGUUGUAAGGUGGACUGAAGGGGUGGGUAGCUACUCAAGACGCAUCUACACAUCUGCAAAAAGAGUGCCAGCCUCUGGGAAGUCGUGGAAAUCACCCCCUGAAGGGAUAGUAAAAUUGAACAUGGAUGCGUCACUUGCGAAGGAAGGAUGGGUUGGGCUAGGGGUGAUUGCCCGAGAUGCUGCAGGAAGGGUGUUGUAUGCUGCCACCAGACGCAUGCGAGCUCACUGGCCAUCAGAGAUUGCUGAAGCUCAGGUCAUUGACAUGGCACUUAAGAUAGGGAAGCAAAGAGGUCUUGGGGAUGUUUUGUCGAAUCGGAUUGCCAAAUGCUUAUAA